AUGUUUGACUCUGUUAUAGAGUUUUUGGAAACUAAAGAUACAGAAUUGAAAGACAAGCUCAUAACAUCAAAGAAUGAUGUAGCUUACAUGACAGACCUGUAUAAAUUGUUCAACGACAUUAAUCUCCAACUGCAAGGCGAUAAACUAAAUUUAAUUAAAACAAAAAACGUCGUUGCUGCUUUCGCAGCCAAACUGCUUCUACACAAAAAGAAUCUGGGCAGACGUGAGUUUCACAAUUUCCCAAAUUUAUCAGUAUCAUGCAGUAACGACGAAUUGUUUCCCUAUUGCCAACAUUUGGAAAACCUUCACAUUGAUUUCACCGAACGAUACCAGGACAUUUUGAACUUGGAAAUAACAGACUGGGUGUUAGAUCCGUUUUCAAAUGUCAACACAGCAAUGUCACCUCAGCUGGAAGAAGAGCUUAUAGAAUUGACAAGAAACGAGGAAAUAAAAAUCAAGUUCAAAAAUGGUUACCAAGAAUUUUGGCUACAAAAACCGACCCCGCAAUUGUACCCAGGAUUGUGGUCAAUCGUUCAACGAUUCUUGAUAGCAUUCCCAUCGUCAUAUUUGUGUGAAGGUGGAUUUAGUGCUGUGACAACACUGCUUACUAAAAAGAGAAAUCGUUUGCUUGUUACCGAACGUGGUGACUUGCGACUGUUCUUGAGUAAAUUGGAACCUGAUAUUAACAAACUUAUUAAACAGCAUCAGAUUCAUCCAUCACAUUAG